UUGCGUUCAAUCACAAUCGGAAAUUACAGAAUCUAGCGAACAGUGAAUCUUACACACUGCUCCUUUAAAAUACGUUACGUAAUGACGUAAUGCCGCAGGCGUCGUGCGUGAAUCUCAUCACUUUACGCAUUAAAAACAGAAAAGUGAAAACACAGCAGGAAGUAUCAUAUGAAACAGUGCUGACAACAUCCAGAGCAGCACAGCAGGGGGCAUUUAGGAGGCAGCAAAGAAAGAGGAGGGGAAAGUUUAAUAUGGAAAGAAAUAAUCAAUGGAAACAAUGUUGGAAAGUCCAGGAGAAGGGGAGACAGUUCUAUAAACUACAAGGUGUGGUGGAGGUAUCAGGGCGGAGCAGACUAAGAACAGGAAACAUCCAGCUGGUGACUGUUGCUGUGGAGACAGAGACAGUGGAGCAUGUGAUGGUUGUCAUGGAGAUGAAAGAGAGGAAGAGAUGAUGGCAGGCUGGGUCAGAUGUAGAGAGGAGGAACAUCAGACCGAGGUCUGCUCGGAACCGGGUCCAAUCAAAGAAUUUAAGAAGAACCAGUCCAGUCCAGCAGAGGGCGGUGUGCACGCUGCCGUACAACACCAAAGAAGAAGAAGGCGUCGUGCGUGGCCCUGACGUCACCGAUCAGGAAGGAGUCCUGCAGCAGUGUUGUUGUCGCAGCUGCUGUCACAGACCGAACCGAACCGAACCGGACCGAACCGGACCGAACCGGACCGAACCGAACCGAACCGAACCGGCUGCUGCUGCUGCUGCUGCUGCUGCUGCUGCUGCUGCUGUUGUUCUUCUUCUUCUUCGUGUUCGGCUGGUUCCUCUGCGUCGCCAUCAUGAACGUGACGCUCGCGGUGAAGCAGUACAUCUCCAAGAUGAUCGAGAACAGCGGAACCGGGAUGAAGGUCCUGCUGAUGGACCGGGAGACGACCAGUAUAGUCAGUGUGGUGUACACUCAGUCAGAGAUUCUGCAGAAAGAGGUCUACCUGUUUGAACGGAUCGACUCUCAGAGCAGAGACAACAUGAAACACCUGAAGGCCAUCUGCUUCCUGCGGCCCACCAAGGAGAAUGUGGAGCACCUGAUCCAGGAGCUGAGGAGACCCAAGUACAGCGUCUACUUCAUCUACUUCAGUAACGUGAUCAGUAAAAGUGAGAUCAAAGCUCUGGCUGAGGCUGAUGAACAGGAAGUGGUGGCAGAAGUCCAGGAGUUCUACGGAGACUUCAUCGCGGUCAAUCCUCACCUGUUCUCUCUGAACCUGCACGGCGUCGCCAGAGGGCGGAGCUGGGAGUCCUCCAUGUUGUCCCGGUGCACUCAGGGUCUGACCUCCGUCCUGCUCGCUCUGAAGAAGUGUCCCAUGAUUCGCUACCAGCUGUCCUCCGACAUGUCCAAGCGCCUCGCCGAGAGCGUCAAGCAAAUCAUCACGAAGGAGUACGAGCUGUUCGACUUCAGGAAGACGGAAGUUCCUCCGCUGCUGCUGAUCCUCGACCGCAGCGACGACGCCAUCACACCUCUGCUCAACCAGUGGACGUACCAGGCGAUGGUCCACGAGCUGCUCGGCCUCAACAACAACCGGAUCGACCUGUCCAGAGUGCCGGGCAUCAGCAAAGACCUGAAGGAGGUCGUCCUGUCCGCGGAGAACGACGAGUUCUACGCCAACAACUUGUACCUGAACUUCGGGGAAAUCGGCACCAACAUCAAAAACCUGAUGGAAGAUUUCCAGAAGAAAAAACCCAAAGGACAACAGAAGCUGGAGUCCAUCAGUGACAUGAAGGCGUUCGUGGAUAACUACCCUCAGUUUAAGAAGAUGUCUGGCACCGUGUCCAAACAUGUGACGGUGGUUGGCGAGCUGUCUCGGUUGGUGUCGGAGCGUCAGCUGAUGGAGGUGUCGGAGGUGGAGCAGGAGCUCGCCUGUCAGAACGACCACUCCAACGCUCAGCAGAGCGUGCGGCGCCUGCUGCAGAAUCCUCGUCUGUCCGAGUUGGACGCCGUCCGCCUCGUCAUGCUGUACGCUCUGAGAUAUGAACGCCACAGCAGCAACAUGCUGCCCGCGCUGAUGGACGAGCUGAGCCGGAGAGGAGUGUCCGAACGCCACCGCAAGGUGACCACGCCACGUUCUCUGGACGUUCUCUGGACGUUCUCUGGACGUUCUCUGGACGUUCUCUGGACGCCUCAGGACAUCAUCGUGUUCCUGAUUGGUGGAGCCACGUAUGAAGAAGCUCUGACUGUUUACAACCUGAACCGAAGCUCACCUGGAGUCCGCAUCGUCCUCGGAGGAAGCAGCAUCCACAACACCAAGAGUUUCCUGGAGGAAGUGAUGUCAGCGACGGGUCAAAGCGGUGACAGAGCACAAGGAAGCAGUGGUCGCCAUGGCAACAGGCGCUAACCCAAGAACACACACGAGACGAGACAACAUUCCCUAGUGUGUGUGUGUGUGUGUGUGUGUGUGUGUGUGUGUGUGUGUGUGUGUGUGUGUGUGUGUGUGUGAGAAGCAGUGGUCCGUCAGUCUAAUCAGUCCCCUGAAACACGUGUCACAUGUCACGUGUGCUUUAAAGGAAACAGGAAGUAGUUCUGUUCUGAUCACAUGACUGUUCUUCAUGUUUCAGUGUUUGAAAUGUCAAUAAAUAAUCAAUGUUA